GCGAUUAUGUCUCUCUGUUUUUUUUCCCCAAUUGAUUUGCGCUGCUUCCAUUUUGCUGCGGUUCAUCUCAUAUUCAAUUUCGUGUUUCCUGCGUCGACCACAGCCUCCUAAAAUGGUUUCAAGGUCCUAUUCAAAUCUCAUGGACCUUGUUUCUGGUGAUUCUCUGACCAUUGGUCGCGUGGGCAAGAGGCUGCCUAGAGUAAUGACUGUGGCUGGUAUCAUCUCUGAUCUUGAUGAGGAGAAUACAAACAGUGUGGGUUCUGAUGCUCCUUCUACAGUUUCCCAGGAUAGAGUAAUUAUCGUAGGCAAUCAACUUCCUCUCCGUGCUCAACGCAGGCCUGAUAACCAUGGCUGGAACUUUAGCUGGGAUGAAGAUUCUUUGCUUCUUCAGCUCAAAGAUGGACUUGGAGAAGAUGUUGAAGUUAUCUAUAUCGGUUGCCUUCGAGAAGAGAUUGAUCCAAAAGAACAAGAUGACGUCUCACAGACACUGCUUGAGAUCUUCAAGUGUGUUCCAACCUUUCUACCACCUGAACUCUUCAGCAGAUUCUAUCAUGGUUUCUGUAAGCAGCAAUUAUGGCCUCUUUUCCACUACAUGCUACCUCUUUCCCCUGACCUUGGGGGUCGCUUUGAUCGAUCGCUUUGGCGAGCUUAUGUAUCUGUAAACAAGAUUUUUGCUGACAAGGUGAUGGAAGUAAUAAGCCCUGAAGAUGAUUUUGUUUGGGUUCAUGACUAUCAUCUUAUGAUCUUGCCCACUUUCCUAAGAAAAAGGUUUAAUCGAAUCAAGCUUGGAUUUUUUCUCCACAGCCCGUUUCCUUCCUCAGAGAUUUAUCGAACUCUUCCUGUUAGAGAUGAACUCCUUAGAGCACUCCUCAACUCUGAUCUUAUUGGUUUCCAUACCUUUGACUACGCAAGGCACUUUCUUUCUUGCUGUAGCAGAAUGCUUGGCCUCUCUUAUCAGUCUAAGAGGGGUUAUAUUGGAAUCGAGUAUUACGGUCGAACAGUUAGCAUCAAAAUACUUCCUGUUGGGGUUCACCUGAAGCAGCUUCAAUCUGUAUUAAGUCUUCCAGAAACCGAAAAUAAAGUUACUGAACUCCUUAACCAGUUCAAGGGUCGAACUGUCUUGCUCGGAGUUGAUGACAUGGAUAUAUUCAAGGGGAUUAGCCUGAAACUUUUAGCAAUGGAACAGUUUCUCUUGCAGCAUCCAGAGUGGAGAGGAAAGGUUGUUUUGGUGCAGAUUGCCAACCCAGCGAGAGGCCGGGGAAGAGAUGUUCAGGAGGUGCAAACUGAGACUUACUUGACCGCGAAUCGAAUAAAUGAGACGUUUGGCAGGCCGGGUUAUGAGCCCGUCGUUCUCAUCGAUAGCUCGCUCCAGUUCUACGAGAAAAUUGCUUAUUAUGUCAUAGCUGAGUGCUGUCUUGUUACUGCAGUUAGGGAUGGCAUGAAUCUCAUUCCUUAUGAAUACAUUAUUAGCCGACAGGGCAAUGAAAGAUUGGAUCUGCUGCUUCAGUUGGACGCGUCGGACCCCAAAAGGAGCAUGCUUGUCGUCUCGGAGUUCAUCGGUUGCUCUCCAUCUCUCAGUGGAGCCAUUCGUGUCAACCCAUGGAACAUCGAUUCGGUUGCGGAAGCCAUGGAAACUGCAUUGGCAAUAAGUUAUAAUGAGAAACAGUUGAGGCAUGAAAAACAUUAUCGAUACGUAAGCACACACGACGUCGGUUAUUGGGCGAAUAGCUUCUUGCAGGAUUUGGAGAGGACAUGCCGAGACCACGGAAGGAGGAGGUGUUGGGGAAUUGGAUUCGGUUUGGGCUUUCGAGUCAUUGCGUUGGACCCCAACUUCAGAAAACUUUUUGAUGAAAGGAUUGUUUCGGCUUACAAGAGAACGAAGAACAGAGCAAUCUUAUUGGACUAUGAUGGUGCCAUGAUGCCUCAAACAUCGAUUAACAAGACGCCGACUCCCGAAGCUAUUGGCAUAUUGAAUAGCUUGUGCCGUGACCCGGAUAAUUUGGUGUUUCUGGUAAGCGGGAAGGAUAAGGACACUCUUGGUGAGUGGUUCUCUCCGUGCAAAAAGCUUGCGCUUGCUGCCGAACAUGGCUACUUCAUAAGGCAAAAUCAAGACUCGGAAUGGGAGACACAUGUGGCCGUAUCUGAUUUCGGCUGGAAACAAAUCGCUGAACCUGUUAUGAAAUUAUACACAGAAACAACUGAUGGAUCGAGCAUAGAAGCUAAAGAAAGUGCAUUGGUUUGGCACUAUCAGUAUGCAGAUCCUGAUUUUGGUUCAUGCCAGGCCAAAGAACUUCUAGAUCACCUGGAAAGUGUUCUAUCCAAUGAGCCCGUUUCUGUGAAGAGUGGCCAACAUUUUGUAGAAGUAAAACCUCAGGGUGUCACAAAGGGCAUAGUUGCAGAGUGCCUUCUCUCAUUGAUGCAGAAGAAGGACAAGCUUCCCGAUUUCGUUCUAUGCAUUGGUGAUGAUAGAUCUGACGAGGAUAUGUUUGAGGUGAUCAACAGUGCAAGGGAAGGACUCACCUUAUCGCCUGUCGCCGAAGUGUUCGCCUGCACCGUUGGGCAGAAGCCGAGCAAAGCAAAAUAUUAUCUCGAGGAUACGAUGGAGAUUAUGAGAAUGUUGCAGGGCCUCGCCAUGGCUUCAAACCAAAUGGCGCUUGUUUCUUCUUCCCAGUCUCUCAGUAUUCUUCAAAUCAUGUAAUCCAUAUGUCAUGUAUAUAUCUUCUUUCUGCUAUAUUUUAUAUGCUUAGGUUGAUAUAUGUUGUGAUUUGAGUUGUGCCAUUGUGACUUUAGUGGGUUGAGCUGUGCUGUUCUGAUGAUGCGGUCAGAUUUUUUUUUGUGUCAAUUUUUUAUUGUUUCUAUGGUUAAAUUUGAGAGUUUGUUCUAUC